AUGUCAUCUGAUGAGAACAAGAAAUGGAUGAAGUGUGACCGUAAGUCUGGUGAAUACAUACAAGGUGUGAGGUCAUUUAUACAGUUUUCCAAGAAUAAUGGUGGUGGGAGGGUUUUAUUUUCAUGUCCUUGUCGAAAUUGUAUGAAUGGUAAAGGUUCAGUUUCACUUAGUGAGAUAUCAUUGCAUUUUCUCAAAUAUGGUAUUUGUUUGACGUAUACAACAUGGCGUCAUCAUGGUGAAAGUUCAGUAGAAGCACGGUCAAGACAUAGGGAUAACACUACAGCAGGAGUUGAUGUGGAUGAGAAUGUUACAGCAGGUGUGGAUGUGGAUGAGAAUGUUACAACAAAUGUGGAUGUGGAUGAGAAUGUUGGGACCAAGGGGUGUUGUAAGAAAAAGUUAUCAGCGGCCGAGCGAGCAAGAGUACCAUUGUAUCCUUCGUGUCCUAAAGGAAAGUCGGCGUUGUAUGUAGAGAUAAUGGUGAACAACAUAAAGACUCAGUAUGCGAUUUCAGAUAAUUGUAUGACUGCAAUGUUAGAAUUGAUAAAAGAGUUGCUUCCCGAAGAAAACACCCUGCCAAGUAAGUUUCCAGAUGUCAAGAAGAUAAUUCAAGAGUUGGGGAUGGAUUAUGUAACCUACGAUGCUUGCGUGAAUGAUUGUAUACUCUAUUGGAAGGAUAAGAGUUCAUUGCUGAAGUGCCCUGUAUGUCAAGAACCGCGGUAUGUAAGAGUUUUCAAUGAUGAGAGAAAACUUACUCAAGUUGCGCAGAAGACGUUGAGACAUUUUCCAAUAAUUGCAAGGCUGAAAAGAUUUUAUAGUAUACCAUGGAUAGAAGAGGCGAUGCUUUGGCAUUUUAGAGCACAGAAAGAUAUCAAUGUAAUGCGUCAUCCCGUUGAUUCUUCAGCUUGGCAUUGUGCUGAUAGUUUUUGUCCAGAGUUUGCUAAGGAAGCACGGAAUGUUACUCUUGGUAUAAAAACUGGCGGCUUCAACCCCAAUGGAUGCUUUGGUCUCAAUUACAGCUGUUGGCCGGUAAUUCUCUGUCCGUAUAAUCUUCAUCCUUCGAUGUGUAUGAAGAGGGAGUUUUCUAUGUUAUGUUUAUUGAUAUCAGGCCCGAGAGCACCAGGUAAAGAUAUCGAUGUUUACUUACAACCAUUGAUUGAAGAGUUGAAAGAGUUAUGGAAUGAUGGUGUUAUGACUUUCGACAGCUUCACCGAUCUGAAUUUCUGA